AAAUUCAGUCACUAAUUAGCUCCACAGAGAGUAGAGACCCAUAAAGUAACUCAUAGCUCAUCGGAGAAGUUCUUCGGGUUCUGACUCUGUUAUGGUCGGUGGUCAACAUGUUAUUAUGUGUUAUGUCUUAGAUGUGAAGAUUAAGUCGCUUAGGAUUCAAAUUUCAUAUUAUUUAAAUGAUGGCUGAAUGUUUGUAAAUCACUUUAAAUGUUUCCUGUUCACAUGAUCCAGUUUCUCAAUAUUGUUGAUCACAUGUUUUGAUUAGAUGUUUGCAAUUAUAUGUUGUUAAUCAAAUGUACGUGUGGUCUACAGCUGCGGUGAAGUUCAUCUGUUCUCCAUCUAGUUCUGUUUCCUUUCCGCCCAUCUAAUGUCCGCAGCGGCUUUGAACGUGUCGCUGUUCGUCGCGCAGACGUCGCUGACGCUUGGCGGCCUGCAGCAGCUGUCUGAACACCGGCUGCUCUUCUUCUUUCUCUUUUUUAUGGCUUUUGUGUUCGCGCUGUGCAGUGACGGCCUCGUGCUCAUAGUGAUCUGCACGCGCCACAGCCUCCAUAAACCAAUGUACGUGUUCGUGGCCGCGCUGCUGCUGAACUCGCUGCUGGGCGGCUUCGCGAUCUACCCCCGGCUGCUGUGGGAGCUGCUGUGGGAGAGCGGCUCUGUCCUGGUGACAUUGUCUGCGUGUGCGUGUCAGGCGUGGGUUGUAUACACUGUGGGAGGCUCGGCCUUCAUGUUGCUGGGGGCCAUGGCUUUUGACCGCUACGUCGCCAUCUGCCGCCCGAUGCGCUACGCCGCGUUGGUGUCGCCGCGCGCGGUGGCCGCUCUGCUCCUGUUCUGUUGGCUGCUGCCCGCCACGAUGGUUUUUAUCAUUACGCUUUUAGCCGUGUGCCAGCCGCUAUGCCGCUCUCAUAUUAAUCGGCUUUACUGUGACCUUUACAGUUUAAACAGACUCAACUGCGGCGGAAAUGCGGCGCAGGUGAGCGACGUUUUCGCCAUAUUCACUUCUGUUGCUACUGCCCUGCUGCCCGUCGCCUUCGUACUUUUCUCUUACAGCAGCAUCCUUUAUGUCUGCCUGUGCCGCACACGCAGCUUUAACAGCAAAGCGUUACGCACUUGCCUGCCGCACCUGCUGGUCUUCAUAAACUACAGCGCCUGCACUGCAGUGGAGCUGCUGCAGCGCCGCCUGCAGACCGCAGACCAGCCUGCAUCCUCUGUGCUCACUUCGGUUCUGAUCAUUCUGGCUCAGUCCGUGUUAAACCCGGUAGUGUACGGCCUGAAUAUGAAGGCCAUCACCGGAUACAUCAGGCGGCUGCUAGGCAGCAGGAAAACCGAUUGA